UAUCCGCUAGUGGUACUCACAGAAAACAAAAAAACAAAAAGUAGAGUUCAGUACUGUACCCACUGUAUCCGCUGCCGCAACCGCCGUCGAGGAGCGGAGCGCUCCACCGUCCAGAGCCCAGCUGCAGCGCACCCCACCUCCCCUCCCCGUCCGGCCGCGGCGCCGCAUUUUCUCCCCGUCCGGCAGCAGCCACGCCUCAUCUUCUCCCCGAUCCAGCAGCAGCCACAUUUCCCCAUCCUCUCCCCUGUCCAGCGGCUAGCGGCCACGCGUCGCCGUCCGGCCGGCCGCCGCGUCGGACCUCCUCGCCCGCAUCUGCCGCCGCGAGCCGGCGCGCUCGUCCCUACCCCUCGACCUCUUGGGGUAGGCCAGCAUUCCCUCCGUCCGGCCACCGCGUCGCAGCUUCUCGCCGAUCCGCAGAUGCGGCGUCGGCCCUGCUCCGUCCACGUCCGGCUCCGGCAGCCGCGCCCCUGUCCCCGCGCGCACUGUUUCCCACGCAUGGCGAGCGGGCGGCGGCCGUAGGGAUUUGGGGGUUUCUCCGUUCGCGUGCAGCGGUGGUGGGGAUUUGCGGAUGGCUGAGCAGCGCAAUGCGGCCAUCAUCACGAGCCCACUGCACGACGACGAUCUCCUCGAGAGGAUCCUGAUCAGCCUCCCGGGGGCGGCGUUCCUCGCCCGCGCCGUGCCCGUCUCCGACCGUUGGUGCCGCGUCAUCUCCGACGAGGGCUUCCUCAAACGCUUCCGCGUCAGCCACCCAUCGUCGCCCCUCGUCGGCGUAUUCGUGGACAACAAAAACGAGCAUGUCCCCCGCUUCCACACCGGCACCGGCACCGCCAACCCCGGCAUCGCCUCCGCGGUGCGCCGCACCGACAUCUGCCUCACCCGCCUCGACGAUGCUCUGCGGUGGCGCCUCCACGACUGCCGCAAUGGCCAGCUCCUCCUCUCCGGAUCCGACGGUUCACUGUGCAUCUAUGACCCGCUCUCCGAGCGGCGUGUGCCCAUCGGCCCGCGCACGCAUCUUGACCACGGCUGGAAGUGCCUCGGCGACUGCUUGCUUGACGGCCUUGCCCGCCAUAUGGUCUCCGUGGAGCAACGCGGCCAACAGACGCAUGCCGAGGAGUCCUUCCGCGUCAUAUCCUUGCAGUGCCAGAGCAACUCCAGAUUCAAUGUACGAGCCAUUGAGUAAACUCCGGCACGCUUGAGUGGCGCGUCCACCCACAGACUGGGUGGACGAAGGUUCAGUUGACGAAAUUGCAAUUGAAGGCAAUGUACGCAGCCGGCCACAUAUUCUGGCAAACUGAUGUCGCCAGGCUGCUGGUGCUAGACACGAGCACCAUGGAGUUUUCAGAGCACGGUGUCCCAUGGGAGAUAGUCUCUACCAGUUGGUCCAUCGGAGAGCUCCGAGAUUGCAAGGGCUGCCUCGUGUGCCUCCAAGGCCUCAAUAGCUCGUUCGGCAAAGAUGGCUUCAUAGUGGAGGAGCCUCUCCGCCUGGAAGUCUGGGCACUAAAGAAGGAGGAUAAACAAGUUAAAUUUUGUUGGAAGUGCGAGAAGGGUGUUCGGGUGAGCGAGAUGCUCCCGGAGGACGACGCUCGUGUGUACAAAGUCCACAAGGUCAUCAACGGACUAGCGCUAAUUGGCUGCACCAAGGGCUCCUAUGCUAUUGACUUGCAGAGCAUGACUCUGUUGGCAAAGUUUGAGUCUGGUGGAGAUAUUUAUCCAUACCAGAUGUCGUGGCCACCUGCUGUGCUGGCUGCUGCUACUAGUGUGGUAUCCAGGCAUUUGGGAGCCAACCUGUCUAAUGAAGACUGUGCUCGGAUUCCUAGCAAGAACAUGGAUGGCCGAGAAGGCACUUCUUCUGGUGGAUCGGAAUCUGAAGUACACAUCAGCCAGACUCCUCUGAGUUUAGAGCAACAUGACAUUGGUGAGAAAUCAAGUCAAGAUCUGCAUGGUUGUAGUGCUAGGAUUCAGCCAAUGGAAAAGGAUCCGUGUCAUGAUGAACUGACUCUGCAAACGGCUGGUGUUUUCCCUUCUGAAAGCUGUGACAGGGAUAUUCUAGAAGAUAAAUCUGAAACCGACAGCCUGCCAAAGAAUACUACAGAAGAUACUGAAAUGUUGGAGCAACAACAUAGUGAUAAGGCUCACAUAGAAGUCAGUUGUGCCGACAAAAUGAGUGAAGUGCUCUAUGAUGAUAACAAUACCUUGAAGAAGAAUACAAUCUGUGGUGGGAAGGUUGCUAUAGAGUGCCACUUGGCCUUAUUACAUAAUAAAAGUUCAGAAGCUAGGAGUAACGCCAUUUCAUCUCCAAUGCAGAAGAGGCCCUUUGCGUGCCAGUGCCAUGUAGAUGGUUGCACCAUGAGCUAUGACAGUAAGAACAAUUUGGCCAAGCAUUUUAGGGAAGUCCAUGAGCAGAAGAAACGUUUCGCACGGAGAUUCAGUGGGUGCAGCGAGGAGUUUUCUUCAAAGAAUAAAAGGAAGAUUCAGGAGGGAUCUAGUGCUCAUGUUGAGCUUUCCACCAAUAGGAUUAAUUGUGUCAGCACCUCUCCUGUCGGUGGACCAGAAGCCCAUGAAGAGCCCAGGCCCGCACAAGUGGUGGGCCGUCGCACAAGCAACCGACCACGUAAACCGAACAAGCUAGUAAGUGGAGACGACUGGGUCGUUUGAGAAGGACAGUAUAAGAAGCACACAUUGCCAGGAGGGAAGUCAUCGAAGAUCAAUCACGGAUCAUAGUUUAACUAGGCUCUUAACCCUAAUUAACCCCCCAAUUCUUGAUUCUUCUAUUCCGCACAAUUGUGCUUGUAUCAAGCUUGUAACCUGAAUCCAGCAUAUUUCCUGAACCCUGUCUAGUGAAUUCAGUGAGUGAACUAGAGCCCAGUUAACAAAAUGCCACUUCAAGGACUCCAGCACGACAUUUACAACGGUGGUAUUUGCAAUCUUACAUGUUUUUCUGUUUCUUUCAUGGAUUUGUUCCUCUGAAAUUUACUGCAAAACUGAUUUUUUUUCAUUCUCGGCAACUUUGAAUUUCAGAGACAUAAAUGUACCUAGCAUUACAAGGAACAACAUGAGCAGGGGAGAAGAAAGGACAUAUGUAUAGAGGGCCUUACACAUAUGCGCUGGAGACACAGCAUUGCAGUCUGCACAAGUCUGAAUCUUUUGUGCUUGUGCAGUAUUUUUUGCACAUGUUCUCUGGAUACAGUUGCAGCAGUGUUAAGGGUGAGUUUUUUUUGUGUGUGUAACUUUGCAUAAAUUGUGAGGUGUAGUGGUUAUGUUUAGAGCAUGGCUCCGAUUCUUCUUCUAGAUGCAGAUUCCGUUCGCUGUGCUGUGUUUUUGCACAAACCACAAACUGAAGCAGAUCAAUGUUCAGAGUUGAUAUGCCCCCUUUCCUGAAGAAAAUUAACUGUUGCAAAGUUUCUUGUGUGCGGACCCAUUUUUUUUCAGUUCCGCAUGUCCUGAAACUUCCGGAACCGCCCAGCAUUAUGCAAAUCUCCUGAUUCGUUUAAUUUUGGAUUAUGUUUGCAAGCCUGAUUAGUUCAAUUUUGUAGCUUUCGUCCUCUCCCACUAAUCUGAUAAUUUGCUCAACUAUUUCCUGUACUAGGCUCUGAAUUCUCUCACUUUUUCACUGCUGAUGUUUCAGAUGUAACAUGAACUGAUUUCUUUUGGAUCCUGUAGAUUCUGGAGGCAUUUCAAUAUCUUAAGACAGGUUAGCAUCACAAGUUGUUGCCUGUACUGUAGUGAAACAACAUUUAAUGAUCUAGGCACUGCAUAAUUGUUAUACAUUCAUAUUGCAAGCUCCCAUAUUGUAGAACAGCUGCAGGAUGUCAAGGACAAGGAUGCGGCUCUGCCACUGAAGAAGCCGAGCAGCAACCGGAGCUUGACUGGUUCGAGAAAUUUGGCGCCAGUCCACGUCGAGUUGGCUACUUCAUAACGGCACCGCAAAGAUGUUCAGUUGACUGUUGCAGGAGUAAUAUGUCAGCUUCUUGGUAAAGGUGACCUGUGAAGAGUAAGUACGCAUAAUCUUUGGUUACGUUCGCAGCUUCUAGCAUCUGGGCCAUGUACAGGUUGUAUCGAUCCAGUUACAGCAGUGUGUGGUGGUCGUUUUGUAUAUGCUGGAAUUAUAUGAAGCAGUAUGUUGAGUUUAAGACUGUAACUUUGCUUAAUUGCAUCAAGUUGGUGUUAUCAUCGUGGAUUGUAGCAUCGAUCAAUGUUCAGAAUUAAUAUGGUUCUGCUACUAAUGUUCAUUCACUGUCAGCACGUUGCUUUUCUGAAACACAAGUGGACGAACUGUUACAAAGUUUCUUGUGCACCUGUAAACCCAUUCAGUUAUCCAUGUUCUGUAAAAAUUCGACUAUAGUGAAGUAUAAUGGUACUUUUAUUCAAUAACAGAAAAGAAAAAUAUUGGGUUGUCUCCCAAUAAGCGCUUU